AUGUCCCGUCUGCCACGUGGCAGCGUGCUAGUGGUGGGCGCGGCUCCAGUGCGGUACAUGGCCGGCAUCGUGCCGUUCCCCUACCGCCCGGACUCGGAUUUGAUCUACCUCACUGGGUGCUGGCACCCGGGUGUGGUGGCUGUGAUUGAGAGCGAUGGGGGGAGUGGUGGUGGUGGUGAUGGGGGUGGAGGGGAAGGGGGAGGAGAUGUGCAGGCGUUGGACCCACCUACUGCCAUGGCCUUCUUUAAACCCCACAGAGCCCUGUUCGUGGAUGCUCUAAACGAGUACCUGCUCCAGGCCCAACAACGCAUCUCAGCACACCGACUCUCCUCUUCCUCCUCCCUCCCCUCCUCUUACUCUUCCGACCGCUCUCCACCUCCUCGCUUCUACUGUGACCAUCGGGCCAAUCGCGAUCUGAUUGCUACAGUACCUGUUCUCGCCGCUGAGCUGGCGACCGGGCGGCUGCUGUCGUCUCGUAGCGCCCUGGACGAGCAGCGGUGGAUCAAAUCCGAGGCGGAACAGAGGCUCAUGCGACGGGCGGCUGAGAUCACAGCAGAGGCCUUCCUGGCAGCAAUGAGGCAGUCAGCAGCCGUGGCAGCAGGAGCAGGAGGAACCACAGAAGCAGCAGCAGCAGGAGAAGCAGCCCGGGGGCCUGGUUCAGCCCCUCGUAAAGAAGCGCACAUGGGAGGGUCGUUGCCCCACGAGGGGCACAUCUCUGCUCUGAUUGAGUUUGAGUGCAAGCGGCGGGGAGCACAGCGAUUCGCCUAUCCUCCAGUGGUGGCAGGCGGCAGCAGCGGCUGCAUCGUUCACUACCUUCGCAAUGACAAGCCGGUGCAACCGGGGGAGGCGCUACUGGUGGAUGCGGGGUGUGAGUACUUCGGCUAUGCAUCUGACAUCACUCGAGUGUGGCCGCCCUUUGGAAAAUUCUCCUCCGCCCAGAGAGCAGUGUACGAGGCGGUGCGGGAGACGACGGUGGAGUGCAUUGCCAUGUGCCGGCCGGGGGCCACCCUGAGGGACAUUCACCAACACUCGGUGACAUCGCUCUCCUCGGCCUUGGUACAGCUGGGAGUGUGCCAGGGCUCGGCACAGCAGGUGGCGAGAGGAGCAUUUAGGCAGUUCUACCCGACCUCUGUUGGGCACUGGCUAGGGCUGGACACACACGACUGUGCAUCGGUGUCCUCAUUUCAGCCCCUUAAACCCGGCGUGGUGCUGACAAUCGAGCCAGGCCUCUACCUCCCAGACAUUGACCAAGUGCCAAAACAUCUGCGUGGCAUAGGCGGCGACCGCGCGCUGCCGUCCAUAGGCGGCGUCAAGAAGAAGAAGAAAAAGGCCGGGAAAGCCGUUAACCUCGACUCGCUGCAGAUGCAAGCGCUUCGGGACGCCGAAGCGGCUCUUAAAGAAGAGGAAGCGCGCGGCGGCGCAGCGGGAUUGCACGAAUCAGGCGCAGUGGCGGUAGGGGGGGCGGGGGGGGAGGAAGAGGGGGAGCAGCAGGCGCAGGAGGAGGCGGAGGAUCUCCGCACGCCCGCGGAGCGGCGGUAUCACGAGCAGCUGGAGAAGCUAGAGGCGGAGCGGGCCGCUAGGGGCGCGAGUAAGUCGCACAGGCAUCGCGUGGAGGACUUCAACAAGUACCUCGCGAAUCUUAGCGAGCACCACGACAUUCCCAAGGUCGGCCCAGGCUAA